CAGAAAAACAAGCAUCUAACAUAAUUACAGGGUAUUACAUUGGCCCAGCUGAGGGUAUAAAAGCCUCAAACUGAAGUGAAGAAAUCAGUCUCAUUUCUGAGUGCUCGCUGACCCAAAGGGAGAGGGCUUUAACGAACCCAUCAUGGGGGGCUCAAAGCUCUGCCUUUUGCUGCUCCUCAGUACGUCUGCCUUGACUUUUGCCCAAGAUGACGAUCAACCAACAUGUCUGCUGGCUCAAAGGUACAAGAGUCUACACAAGUAUGAAUAUCAAUAUGAAGCUGAAUCUCUGAAUGCCAUCAAUGGAGCCUCACACCUCAAGAAUGGACCCAAAGCUUCCUGCAAGGUUGAAAUUGAAGUGCCUCAGACUUGUAGUUUCAUUGUCCGCACCACUGGCUGCAGGCUGAGUGAGGUGGUUGACAUGGAUGCACAGGGUAACCCUGUGUUUGCCAACUCCCCGAGCUCUGAUACUUUUGCUGCCGAAAUGGAGAAGUAUCCCCUGAAGGUUGUGGUUGAGGGUUUGUACGACGUGAAGCUAUACCCCGAGGAUGGUGAAACAACAACCACCCUGAACUUUAAGAGGGGUAUCAUCUCCGCCCUGGCUGUUCCUCUGCUGGAAGAAAACAAGAACAAGAAUAUGCCUACAAUCCAUGGCAAGUGCAAGACUCAUUACACUGUCAAUGCUAGAGAAGACAUUGCAACUGACGUGAGCCUGAACAGGGAUCUAUCCAGAUGUGACAAAUUUGUCCCAAUCAGCGAUCACACCAGCCCCCUGGCACUUAUCACCGGCAUGCACUACCCUCUUGCUCAGCUCAUCAGAAGCUCCCAAACCUGCAAUUACAGGUUUGACAAUGAGAAAAAACACAUGACCUUUGGGUCCUGCACUGAGAACCACAUCCUCAUUCCCUUCUCACAUAAGGGAGAAUACGGAGUUACCAAUGUUGGAAAGCAAGAGCUGACUUUGGUUAAAGUCUCCCCUCACAACGACAGAGUCUUUGUUCAGGGUGUCAUUGUCAAGGAUCUCCACAUGGAGGCUGUUGAGGACAAGAGUGCUGUCCAGGAUAAAGAUACAGUUCUGAAUCAUCUGAGAGAGCUGGCUGCUCUGCCUGAGAACGAGGGUGAGAGGAGGGCCCCCCUCUUCCACAAGCUUGUCUCCAUGGUCCGUGGAAUGAAGACUGACACCCUGAGUUCGGCACUUAGCGAGGCUCUUGCUGUGUCCCGAGUCAUCACCUACCAGGUUCUGGCUCAGUGUGGAACUCCUGAGUGCAGUAGUGCCAUCAUGAAGCUCCUCAGGACCUUUGACACCAACGCCUUUGAAGUUGAUGCGACUGUUUUUGCUUUGGGACUCGUGUCCAAUCCUUCUAGCCUCUUGAUCCACGAUAUGCUCGAGAUGGCCAAAUAUAAGCCCAGCAAACCUAUCAUGUAUGCCCUAAGCAAUGUUGUCAAGAGGUUUUACAAAGCUGAAGGAAAAUUAAUUCCUGAGAUUUACUCUGUUGCUGAGUUUAUGGCUGCCCAGUUGGGUGACUGUUCUGGAAACCAAGACAAGACUUUCAUGACACUCAGGGUUAUUGGAAACAUGGCUCAAGCUGUGAUGCCUGCUGGUCCGGCGGUCAGGGCUUCUGUGAUCCAGUGUAUGAACCAACCUGCAGCUUCCCCGGCUGUACAACAGGCUGCAAUCCAAGUGUACAGGCUGGCCCCUGUCCCUGAAAAAGACAGAAAGGAGUUUAUGCGAGCUUUUAUGGACACCAAUAACCCCAUGCAAAAGCGUAUUGCUGCAUAUCUGAUACUUAUGAAGAACCCUCAGCCAAAUGAACUUACCCAGCUGGCGAAUGACUUGCCGAAUGUGCAGGACCAACAAGUCAAGAGCUUUGUCACCUCCCACAUUACCAACAUUUUGUCCUCAUCUGGGUCUGAGACCCAAGAGCUGAGACAGAAGAUUCAGGAUGCUAUUCAGGGUAAUGAGAUUGGACCCAUUUUGAAUCCCACCAAGUUCUCUCGCAACUACAAGAUUGGGUCUUUGGAGGGCAACAUGAUCUUUGAGGGGCCCAGCUACCUGCCCAAGGAGGUCAUGCUUGAAAUGACUCUCAAGGCAUUUGGCUAUGACAUUGACAUGAUGGAGAUUGGUAUAGAGGGGAAAGGAUUCGAGCCGAGUGUUGAAGCUUUGUUUGGAGAGAAUGGAUUCUUCCCUGACACCGCCAUGAAGACUAUGUAUUUUGUCUCUGACAAUAUGCCAGAAACAAUCCGUGAAAUUCUGCAGAACAUGAUGCCUACUUUAAAGAGGAACGGCAUAAACAGACAGAACCUGAUCAAGGAGAUCGGACGCAACUUCAACAAGCUGGUGAGAGAACUAAAGACCAUGCAAUCUCCAGAGGCAAUGGUUUAUCUGAGACUUUUGGGAAAUGAGCUGGGAUAUCUGAAGACCAAUGAAAUGGAGGAGAUGGUCUACUCUGCUGCUAUGAUGAUUGACAACAUGUUCAAGAUGUUCCCAACUGAUCUAAUCAGAGCACUGAUGAUGAAUGUUGACAACACAAUCUUUGCCCACUACAUCUUCAUGGACAAUGAGUUCUUCCUGCCUACUGUCACUGGUGUUCCUCUGAGGAUCGCACUCUCUGGUACUUUCACACCCGGUAUCAAGGGUGGACUGAGACUGGCUCGUGACAUGAGUGAAGUGACCUUCAUGCCCUCUGCUGGCAUUGAGUUUGUAACUCAGGUUGGCUCUCACAUCCCUGAAUAUGUGAACUCUGGAUUAGAAAUGCACACUAACAUUUUCCAUGAGAGUGGGCUUCGUGCCAAGAUUGCCAUUGGUCGUGACAAUAUUAAGCUGACAAUACCUGCUCCAACAAGCCCAACAAAGCUCAUCAAAAUGACAAAUAACCUUGUGGCUGUGACUGGAUCAGAGGUGAAGACUAUCCCUCCUGUGGUGAUGGAUAAGGUUGAUGUCAGCGAGUGCACUCCUGUCUUUGUGGGAAUGAAAUACUGCACUCAGCUGCAAUACACUGAUGCUUUCUCUCAGGAGACAGCCCCCUACUUCCCCUUCACUGGAGACAGCAAAUAUGUUGUGGAGCUCCACCCAAAUGGCGAAGUUACUGAGUACACAGCCACUGUUGCCUAUGAACUCCUCAGGGAGGGAGAUGAUGGCCGGCAGAAAGUUGACUCUGUGAAGUUUAUUCUGAAAGCUGAUGGUGCAGAGACAACCGAAGCCAGAGCAGUCAUGAAAUAUAACAGAAGGAGGAAUGUCAUUAACGUCGACAUCCAGAUCCCUGACUACGAUGUGGAGGCUGGAGUUAGGCUGGGUGUUGUUGAUGGAAACACAAAGGGCAAAGGAACUCACUCCAUCUCUCUCGAUUUUAUAAACAAGAACGUUCCUCAGCUCUCCCUGGUUGGCCGUGCCAAUCUGAAGGCAAUGAAGGAAGGUAUGCUCCAAGGCCAACUUCUGGUCCCAUCGAUCCGUGCUGAUGCCACUGUCACAGCUGCAAUAAAACGUGAUGCACAACUGGAACUGGAACUUGCGAGUGAAAUCAGAAUCAUGGAUGCCAUCUCUCACCAGAAAAUCGCUAUGAAAUAUGAUGCUACAAAAAUUGAGGUUGAGGUCAAGUCUGAUGUGAACGCUAAGGCCACCAUGUUGCCUUAUGCUGACUCUAUUGAAAAUUAUGGCAAUGAGAUUCUUGACAUGCAAAUAGGACAAACUGACAUGAAAGUCCGUCAUAUCUUCAAGAAGUUUGUGGAGGCAACAAAUAAUUACAUGGAAAAGUAUCGUGCUGAGUACCCUGGCAUUCAGAACUUCAGAGUGCCUGACAUGCCAGAGAUUUCCCUUCCAGAGACACUAUUCCUGAAUACUGAGGCAAAGGCUGUCUAUUACAUCAACAAUGAUCGCUUCAUAAUUGCUAUCCCUGUGCCUCUUGGAGGAAAGUCAACAGAAGAGCUUAACUUCCCACCAGCUUUGACCACUCCUAGCCUGUCUCUACGCCAGUUUGGACUGGAAAUCCCCUCCAAGCAGAUUACCAUCCCAGAGUUUGUCUUUCCUGAGAGCUUCAGUCUGUCUAUUCCACUGUUUGGUAGAGCUGAGGUCUCAACAGUGAUGAAAAGUAACCUAUAUAACACGGAGGCCUCUGUGGCUUUUGGUGUAGAUCGUGAAGAAUCACAAACCUACUCAGCUCAGUUUGGCAUGAAAGGAACCUCCCCACUCGACAUUCUUUCAAUAAAGCUUGAAGGCUCAGGAAAGGUGGCCACCACUGAUUCCAUCACGGCCCAGUUCAAAAGCUCUUUGGCCCAUAAAUUCAUUGAAGCCAGUAUUAGCAUUGCUGAGGAUGCAAUCAUCUCUGACACAAUCAAUUUGAAAUCAAACAGCAAGAUAGAAGCCAGAAGUCCAUUAGGUCUCAGUGUUGUCGCAGAGCACGUUGGAAUGGCUGGAAUAACCCAAGAAGAAAUAUCUGCUGACAACAAAUUUGAGGGGGUGUUUAAAGCUGGACCCAUUUAUGGCAAGACCAUCUCAGCCCAGUCCUUUACCAUCUUCCCAUACAGGCCAGAAGCAAAGAUCGAUUCUAAUUUUCAGGUAGAUUCCACAAUUGUUAGGGUCCAGAAUGCAAUUACAGCAACCUUAAUCAACGGCAAAGUCUCAGUUGUAUCUAACACCAGUGCCUUUGAAGACAUGUUCACUCAUAAUGCGGAGCUUUCCUUCAGAGACAACAGGUUGUCACUGAUAGGUACUACCAAUGCCCUUGCUCUUGGCAUGAAGAUAUACAACCAGAUGGAAGCCUCUGCUGGUGCCGGUGAAGUCAUCUUGAGGAUGGAAACAAAUACAGACCACUCUGAAAAUCGUGUUUACUCUUUGGUGACUGCCUCCCUUGAUAUCAAUGGUCUGACUGUAAAUAGCGACGCCAAUGUGAAGCUCCUUGAAAAUGAGGCUACUCACAAGGUCUCUCUGAGAAUGAAUAAGGACGGUUUGGCCACAAGUGGAACAACUACUCUUCAGAGCCUGCUGUCUAUGGAAAACACCUUCACUGCAGAGGUUGAUGCUACAAAAGCCAUUCUGUCUAUUACCAACAAGGCUUCAAUGUAUGAAAUCAAGGUUGAUAAUACCAACAAUUUGAUCAUAACUCCCUCCAGCCUUAACUUCAAGUCAAACGCUGAAGCCUCUGCAAGUGACUACGACUCUUAUACUCAUGGUAUCACCUUUGAGCUGAGCCCCUACAGUGCUUCUGCAAAUGUUAACAACAACCUAAAAUUUCUGGGUGCCAACUUUAUUAAUGAGGCACAGCUGCAGGUAGGACUUUAUAAGAUGGAUCUGAGUGGAGUACUGAAAGCCAUCUAUGGUGAGGACGAGUUCAAGCACACCUAUCAGGUCAUUUAUGGUGAUAUGAUUGCUAAUGUGAAGUGCAGCACCACUGGAAAAUUCCUUGGAACUCACAUGAGCCACAAUGCUGAAAUUGAAGUAAUGGGCCUUACUGCUACAAUUACCAAUGAUGUCCGGUUCAACUCACAGCCAGUCCGCAUAAACCAUGUUGUACGUUGCAAUAUUAUUCCUUUUGAUUUCACCUUGGAUGCCAUAUUGAAUGCUGAAGGAGAUAUGACCAUGUAUGGAAGCCACAGUGCCCAGAUCUACAACAAAUUCCUCUUCAGAGCACAACCCACGGUUUUUGCCAGCUCAAAUGAAUGCAGGGCAUCAGUAACCCAGCAACUGAAUAAUGGGUUUUCCCAUGAGACCACAUUGGACAACAAGAUAAUUACUUCUCUGUCACUCCAAGAGCAAAAGACCAGUUUUAAAUUGAAGUCUAAAAUAAAUGAGCAUGCCUUUGAUCAGAACAUAGAAGUUUAUAACACUGCUGAGACAAUUGGAAUGGAGGCAUCUGGCACUGUCCUUACAAACAUAAUCAACACAGCUUCCACAGAGAACCAGGAGUUCACUGUCUCUGGUUUGCUUAAGUACAACAAGAAAACAGAUAGUCAUAUAUUUAAUAUUGAAAAUCUGCCUGUCCUCUUGAAACAAUUCAAGGGAUUUGUUGUGUAUGUAGCAGAGGCACUGCAUGACUACAUCAGCAAUGAGCACAUAACGGCUCAAAUUAAGGAUCUUCCUGACUAUGUAAGUGAUCAGAUUACUCAGAUGAAUAUAGAAGGCACGCUAAUUCAGCUGAUACAGUAUUUCAGUGAUUUUAUCCAUAAAUAUAAUGUGUCCAUGGAGGAUGUGGAAACAUUGUUGAGGAACCUAAAGGUUACUAUUGAGAAACUCCUGGACAGUCUCUUUAUUGACAUCAAACACUUUUUUGAUAUGAUUUCUGGUGUCAACUUCCCUGAAGCCACGAUUCAGCAGAUCCAGGAAUGGCUGAAUGAUCUUAAUGAAGAGUAUGAUAUCAAGGCUGUAGUUGUAUAUGUGAUUGAAACCAUAAGAGAAAUCACCCAAGAGUUUGAUUUGGAACCACUAAAGGGCAGCAGCUUUGCAUUCCUGCAUGAUAUUGAUGCCAAAUAUGAAAUCAAGUCUAAACUACAGUCAGUACUCAGAGAGAUCAUACAAAAAAUUGAGACCUUUGACUUGAAAGAAAUUGCUGCUAAUCUAAACAGGUUAAUUUCAUCCAUUGACUUAAAAGCUCACAUUGAGGAACUAGUGAGGCACAUUCCCAAAGAGAUUCCCAGAGAAAUAACAGAUUGGAUACGAAAAAUUAUUCAGGACCUUGACAUCCUAAAUAAGAUCAAUACUUUAAAUGCCAAAAUAAGAGAAUUGAUUGCAAAGCUUGAGGUUGAUAAAAAGGCUCAAGCUGUCUUAGAAUCAGCUAUGGAGCUCAUUAAAAAGUUCAAGAUUGAGAUCAUCACUGAUCUAGCCAGAAUGAUAAAGGAAUUUCAUAGAGUUUUAAUAUCUGACCUCCGUUUAUUUAUCAACAACUGGAACAGAGAAGACGUGAAGGAUUUCAUUGAAGACAUUAACAGUUUUAUUCAAAUGUUUGAGGAUGGAUUUAAUUCUUUUGAUUAUAAGAACUUUGUGGAGUUUGUUAAUUUCAUGUCUGAUCUGUAUGCAAAUAUCAUCAAUUCGAUGAUCAGGGAAGAUGAAAUUUCACAAAAGCUUGAGGCAAUGCGUGAUUUUGUCAACAGGGUCUUAUCUUUUGUUCGAGGCUUUUCAGAAGGCCUAAGAGAAAUCAAAGUUGCUGAAUUUUUAAAAUCUCUAAAAGAUAUCUUUGAUGACAUUGUGGUUGAUACUCUUAAGAGAGUUGCUCAACUCGUUAAAGAGAAAAUUACAAGUCUCAAAAUUAACACUGAGAUUACCUCUUAUCUUAACUUUGUGAUUAAAUACUACAAAGGAGUUCUAAACAUUAUGAAUGAAAUGGCCACCGCUGUUUUAGAUAUCAUUAAGAAGGUUGUACCUGACCAAAGAAUCAUCAGCGAGAUUCAGCAGGUCAUUAAUGGACUUUUCACCGAACUUAAGAAAGCUGAGAUCACCAUACCAUCAUUCACUAUUCCUCUAACUGACCUUGCUGUGUCUUCCAAGGAAUUCAGUCUAGAUAAGCUGGCACAGUUUGAAAUCCCAACUCAAAUUGACAUUCCUGAGUUCACCAUUCUGGGCUUGCACACUGUUAAAACCAUCACAAUCUCCACUGAUGACAUUAAGCAGAGAAUUAUUGAACUUAUUGAUUUAAUUGUAAACUUUGAGAUUAAUAUGUUUAACGUGGAUGCUUUCUUUGGACACAUCACAAUGAACUACUUUCCUUCCAUGCCUGAGAUAACCCUCCCAGAGUUCACGCUUACUGAGAUCUCAUUCACGAAAAUUCCAUUAUUUCCUGAAGAAAAACUUCAGGUUUUUCGUCAGUUUCUUCAGGUCCCCAAUAUCAGCCUGCCAACCAUUUCAAGUGAAAUUGUGGUACCAUCCUUUGGUACCCUCCGUGGCGAGCUCAAACUCCAGACUCCCAUCAUCACAAUCGACACAACUGCACAGUUUCAGAACGCAACUGAGAAUGCAAUGACCCCUCUGUUCAAGGGGUUUUUCAUUUCUCACGGAAAAUCUCCAAGUUUUGAAAUUCUCAAUUACAAACUGGAAUCCACUGCUCGCAUUGCAAUCCCAAAAAUGAGACGUGUUGUUGUUGGAGAGACUGUAAAGUUCAGCCACCUUGCUCUUGGAGCUGAUCAUCAGGCAUCUGUAACUUUCUAUGGCCUAUCAACUCAAGCCCAAGCAAAGACUGAAAUUAAGGUCACUACUGCACCUUACACUUCUAACUUUGUAAACAGUGCCUUUAUUGCUAUGGAGAGGGGAAUGACUGCUUCUCUUGAUACGACUUACACACAUUUAGUGGACAUUCCAAUUGGCAAUGUCAGAAAUGAGGUCACUCUAAAACAGAAAUCACUUGUUCGCCAAGAUGGCUACACACUCGCUCUAACAGUUGAAAAUGCAGGAGCGUUUAAUGGGGUUGAUAACCACAACAGCAACUUAGAUUUGUCAUUUACUCCCAGCAAUACCACCAUAACUUUCAUUGGUGACACAGACUGUUCCAUGUUAAAAAUAAAACAAAGUGUUACUGCUGAGAUUGGCACAUUUUCCUACUUAAAGUUUAAUGUCCGCAAUGAGGCAGAGGCACCACUCAUAAAGAGCAGUCUUCUUGUGGCAUCUGGAUUUGCAAACCUUCAUGAUAUGAAGGUUGAGUUGAAAGCAAACCAAGACACAGAACUCUAUGGUGCAGUUAGUGGUAGACUUUCCAAUGCAGCGAACAUCAUAGCCCACCCUGAUGAGUUUUUCUUUGAAUUCCAAAACAAAGGAAAUGCCAAGGUCAACAUUUUUGAAUCUGUGACUGCUAAAAUAGAACUGCAGAAUGAUUACUUGGUCAACAUCAAUCCCGACAGUCAAAAGAUGAACACAGUCAUCCUGACUCGUCUGAACCAGUACAAAAUGUUCUACAACUUCACUCUUGACAAUAAUGUACAUGAAGCUGGAAUCUUUGCUGCCAUGGAAAGUGGGGCCAGUCUCGACUUUCUGAGAUACUCCAUCAGUAUUCCAGAGAUUGAUCUGCCUAUUGUUGACUUUCAUACUCCAGCCAUCAAUGAUCUCAACUUGUAUGAGCAGACUGGACUGGACAACAUUUUGAUUACCACUGACCAGACUUUUGAUGUGGAUACUAAGCUUGUUUACCAGAAAAGCAAGGCUGCCCCACUUGUUGAUAUAAUGGGCCUGAUUCAAAUUCCCUCAUUAAGAAAUCUGAUAACAGAACUGUCUGUCAAAUCUGCCAUAAUUAAUCUGAUUGCUAAUGCCAGAUUACAUACAGAAGAUGAUCUUGUAUUCCAUCUUGAAGCUACCACAACUUCUGUGUUUGAGGACCUUAAAGCCAAACUUGUUGGCACCACCAGUCUUACCACCAAGAGGGGAAUCAAGAUGGCUAGCUCCCUGUCCCUCGAAAACCCUCGUAUUGGAGGAACUCAUGAUAACACCAUCAGUGUGAGUACUGAUACUUUUGAAACUGAACUCUCUGUGGCUACAGUUGCAAAUGUUGCCCUGCCUAUGCUAAGCCUGCAAGCAAACCAAAAACUGGAUGCAGACACAAAAACCAAAGCAAAUGCCAUUUCCAAGUUGAGUGUGAGUAGUAAUUUCAAUAUUCCUCUGAUCAACGCUGUUGGAAGGGCUGAUGCAGACCACAGUCUCAAGCUGGAAGGAACCUCUGAAUAUAUUUCCAUGGAGUCCUCUACUAGAGCAAACAUGGCUGGCACAGUGUACGAAGACUAUCGAGUUUUUGGAUUGCUGGAUAAUGAAGCUACUGUGUUCCUGAAUGAAGAGGUCCUGCGCUCAACUUCUAAAGUUAUUGCUGAUGCCAAGCUUAACCAUGGUGCAACCAAAGUAAUUGGUAUGGAUGUAAAUGAGAAUCUUUCCAUUGAAGCCUCCACAAGCCGUGUGUAUGCAGUGCUGAAGUAUACUGGCAACAAUGAGGCAAACCUGUUCAAUUUCAAAACCAGAGGGAAGCAUACUGCCCAAGCUAAAGUGGACUGUGCACCAACUUCUUCCUUGACUGUUGAUAUUGACAUUGACAUGUCUCAGCCAACCAACCGGGGUGACUUUUCUGUCUCUCAGAAGACUUUUGCUGAAGUAACAGCUGCCAAGCAGAACAUCUUUACUAAUACUACACUUAUCACCUCACUGUACUCCACAAGCAUGGCAGCUGCAGUAGAAGGCAAUGCUCCUGUCAUCAAAGCAGUUGUUAAGUCCUCUGCAAAGUCUGCUGCUGUCAUCUUGGAAUACAACAUGGAUGCUUCUUCUACUGCGAACUUUGAGAAUGAAGCUUUCAACAUGAUAAGCGAAAUUGCUUUGACGCAUGCUGACCUGACCAUGGAUGUCAACCACACCAUUACCCAAUCUUUGAGUACCAAUGAACAUACACUGAAUGUGGUCAUCACCAGUCCUACUUUCACUGAUGCGAACCUUCGCUAUGCUGCACGCGGUGAUAGUGCCAGGGCCUCGAUUUAUUUUCCAGCCACUGGCUUUCUGGGCCUUCAGUUCAAUGGUGCAACCCCAUCCCAGAUGAGUGCAAGAGUCUAUGGCCGUUCCUCUUCUGACCCACAGGUUGAUGUUGACAUCUUGGUCAUCAGAUCUUCUCCCAAGGAUAAUAAUAAGAUGAAUCUUCAGAUUGCUUACAACAUGGAGGCACCCAAAGCAAUGCUUUCUCAGAUCAAGAUGAAACUCCCUUCCAUCAUCUCUGCAUUCGAAUGGUUUGCCCUCAAGCAUUAUGUCACAGGGUUCGUGGAAAUGUUGAAGGACUCUCUCAUUAAGCACAUCAAUGAAGUCUAUGAUGCUGCAAUCAGUUAUGAUGCUCAAAUGAGCGAGCUGUCGGUUUUCUUCAGAAACAUCAUUGUACAGUACCAGAAAACUGUUCAGUUCUUCCUAGAUGCUGUCAUAAAGGUCUUAACGGAGACCAGGUUCAGAGUCCCUGGGUCUGAUGAGAUGAUCACUCUGCCUGAGGUCCUAAAGACGUUAACCAGCAGUAUAGCUGCUAUGCUAGAAGUAAUCAUUCAGAUUAUGCAUGAGAACAUGGAGGCUGUCUAUAACUUUUUUGCUGAAAAGACCAGCAAUGUGAAAUUGCAGAUGCCGGUUAGUGAUGCAGUCACUGGAGGGGAGAUCUUAGAUCAGGUCAAAAAAGCUUUCAAGAAAAUCUUUGAAGAAAUUGUGGAGUUUGUAAAACAUAUGGAGAGUCUUGACACAAUGUUAGUGAAAAUAGGUGAGACCCUGGAUGCUAUUGUUCAGAAAUCACAGGAAUUUGCAGACUCUCUCAGCUCAGACUAUUUAGAUGCAGUGUUUGUCAAUAUCAAUCAGCUCUAUCGUGACUUUGUCACAACCCUAAAGAAUGUAGUUGACCUGAUUGACAAUUUGGAGUUUAGUAGUGUGUGUGAGAACAUCAUUAAUAUGUUCUUUUAUGUAUUAGAGCAGUUCAAUUAUGCUGUUCGUGGGGUUCUGCAGCAAGCUUCAGAGGACGUUCAAGCCCAUGUGAGAGUCAGAGAUGGAAAGCUUGAGAUUGACCUUCCAUUUUACUUCCAACAGUAAGGAACCCUCAGAGUGAGGCCUAAGUACAUAGGAAACACUACCAUCUAUUCAGAACACAUUCUUGGACAGAGUAUGGACAAAUAGCUCAAAUAUUUAUAAUAAUAAGUUCAAUAGAAACACCUGUAGAUGGUUUAUUUUGUAGAAACACUGAACAUAAAACAUGUUACUAAAACUCACCUUCCAGCAAAGACUGAGAAGCAUUAAUAAAAUUACUGCAAUCUCUAAA